AUGGCCACGACAAACGCAACGACUCCAACUUCGAAUUUACGACCACUUUCCUUGACGCAGAGACCUCUCCAGCUUCGUUCAGCAUCUCCUUUGACUCCCGUGUCUCCACCAACUAAUCAUGAGCAUCCCAACGGACAACGAAACGUGGAUACCCCCGGCAAUUCACAGCCAACCACGUCUGGUUCACAGACUCCAUCCAUUCAACGACAUCAAAAACGUUAUUCGGUUCUGUCUUAUUCCAACAGUCCACGUUCUCCAGCCGCACCCAGCGCGUUCAACUCUCCUGUGGUCUCGAACUAUACCGAGUCGGGAGAACAGGGAAUCUCGUACGCUUCUAGCAUCCCAGGGAGUCUCUCAAGGUCAUCGUCGCGAUCUAGCAUUGCCGGGCAGCGGUCGAGUAUCGACACGCCGUCUAUAAACAGAAUCAACAAGCGUUUCAGCAUUCCCAAAAGGCCAGGUGAACCUGGAACGCCCACAGCACUUGACCAGACGUCUCCUCUGGGACGCGACUCUCCCCUUCUAGGGGGAGAAGCGAUGGACGAAACCUCGAGCCAAGCCGAGAGCUCGAGUGCUGUCUUGACACUUGCAGAAGAACACGCCGAGCUGCUUCAGAAUAUUGCUCAAAAGGAGGCCAAAUGCCUCGAGUUACGGACACAACUAUCCGCGCAAGAAGAAGAGCUCAAGGCAUUAAAAGCACGAUGGACGAGUAUCGUCCAACAAGCCAACCCAAAUGCUUCCCAAUCGAGCUCUGGAAGCAUCGCGCUUGCCGCAAUGGGAAGAAUAUUCAGCAACGUCACCGCACCGCUUGCAUCCGCACUCGAUGCACUGGACCCCAUCCAGCUCGCCCCCGAUGCCUUGGCCCCGCGACACCGAGCCGAUACAUCCUCCGGCGCAAUAGAUCCAAGGCUGCAAAAGACAAUUGUCAAUGGAAUCGCGUCGAGUCGAGGACAUACUCCCGCAUCGUCUGCGCGUUCGUCUGCUUCGUCCUUUGCGGCUUCGCGAGCGUCAAUUUCGUCAACCUCGUCUCUCGGUCUUGCGUCUGAACCACUUCAUGAGAAUGCAAAGACUGGGGAUGAUGUGACCUCGAGCACAACGCCGACUCCGACGUUGAGCAAGGCGGCCCAUCGGAACUCGUUGUUGAUGCCCCAUUUUAUUGGAGUCAAUCCAGAGAUAUUCUCUCCUACACAAGGCUCGCCAAUGACUCCAGAAGGAAGCUCGAAAACGAACUGGGCUGGUUUAGAGGGUCUGAACAAUAUUCCGGGUGCAAGUGCACUAAACAAGAAAUGGGAGGAAAUACAAAAGGGAAAUACGCGUGCCUCCACGCUAUUGUCAGAAGUGUCCAAUUCUUUCAUCAACACCUUUGCACCUCCCAUCGACGAACCUCUCCGACCGGCAAAACCACGACUCAUCUCCUCGCGACCAGCCUCCACGACGCCAACGCCACAAGAUGUGCUUCCAAAGAACGAGGGUAUGCCCGCUUCCAAGUCGUUGUUGGAUGAUGAAGAUGAUGUGGGAGAGCUGGACGUGUUGUCUCCGCCUGCUAUGCAGGUUAUGGCUCCUGUGAAACCACCGACGCCUCUAACACCAUCAGUGGCGAGCAAGCAUCUGUCAGCUACCAAAAUGCAAGGAGCGGUCAAGGCUGAUGAUGAUACUUGGAAUUGGUGA